UACAUCAAAUAGUUUUAGGAACGCUUCUUAAAAAUGGUAGUGAAGUUAGCUCCAAACCAUAUAGGUUAACCUUCCAGCUGAUUAUCAAAAUAUUUACAUUUUUACAAGUAAUGUUUAUGUUGCAUUUUAAGUGAAACGUAAUUAAUAUUUUACAAUGAGUAGUGAUAGGAAGAUAAUAAAUAUUAGAUUCAAUCAGGAUCAAAGUUGUUUCUCAUGCUGCAUGGAAAAUGGAAUUAGAAUUUAUAAUGUCAUUCCUUUGGUGGAGAAAACACAUUAUGAUAUUGAAAUGGUGGGCAGUGUGUCACAAUGUGAGAUGAUAUUUAGGACUAAUAUAUUAGCAAUAGUGGCUGGUGGUUCCAGGCCUAAAUUUGCUGAUAAUGUAUUGCUAAUUUACGACGAUUAUGCCAAAAAGUUUCUGAUGGAAAUAACAUUUCCCUCUUCAAUCAGAGCUGUGAGAUUGAGGAGAGACAAAUUAGUUGUGGCCUUGCUAAAUCAAAUACACGUUUUUUCAUUUCCCACGCCUACUCAAAGGUUGUUUUCAAUGGAAACGAGGGAAAAUAGCAGAGGGUUAUGUGAAGUUAGUCCUUUAGCCUCAGCUGAAAAACAGAUUCUAAUAUUUCCUGGACAUAAACUGGGCAGUGUACAAAUUGUGGAUUUGGCUUGUACUGAAAUGGGGGUUUCUUCAGCCCCAGUAUGGAUUUUGGCACAUAAAAGUGAUUUAGGUUGUAUAGCUGUUAAUCAGCAAGGAACAAGAAUUGCCACUGCCUCCAACCAGGGCACAUUAAUAAGAGUAUGGGAUUCCACAACUAAACAAUUGCUAGUAGAAUUAAGAAGGGGAUCAGAUCCAGCCACUGUAUAUUGCAUUAAUUUUAGCAGAGAUUCUGACUACUUAUGUUGCUCAAGUGAUAAAGGAACAGUACAUAUUUUCGCGAUUAAAAAGACAAAUUUAAAUAAAAGAUUAACACUUUCAACAACAGGAAUUUUGGGUAAAUAUGGAGAUUCUCAAUGGGCAUUAGCUAAUUUUACUGUGCCUCCAGAAUCUGCUUGUAUUUGUGCAUUUGGGGGAAAUAAUUCAGUCAUAGCAAUUUGCUUAGAUGGAACCUUCCACAAAUAUGUAUUUAAUGAUGAUGGAAACUGCAAUCGUGAAGCUUAUGAUGAGUUUCUUUAUGUUGGAGAUGACGAUGAAAUGUAAUAUUUUUAUUAAGGCCAUUGUAAAUAUUGUAACUAAAUAUGACUUUAUUCUCUAUGUAAUUUUAAUAUACAAUAUAUAUAGUUUUAUAAUCUAAGUCCAUUUAUUUCCAUAAUUACACUACUAACUAUUCUGUGAUUUUUUUCUAUCAAAUGGAUCUGUCCAAACUUUCAUAUCUGAAAUUUUUUAAUAUUUUUUACUUAUUGGUUUACAGGGUGCACCAAGUAUCCUUCUAUGUAUGGGUAUCUCUUUUAUUUAAGGCGUAUUCAUGCUCACUUAAAAUAAAAAAUAAGAUAAAACGUUAAAACUGGGUAAAGUAAUUGGUUGCGUUCCUGUUUAAUAAGAAAGAAGAAGAUAAAUAACUUUUAACUUUGGUUUUUAUUUUUGCAUAUAAAACUGCGCAAAAGGACAAAAUAGGU